UAUGUAGAUCAGAGAUACAAACAAGCUACAGUGGUGUUUUACGGAUAUGAGUCUGGGCCCUCAACCAAAGAUUCUACUCACCAAAGAAGAUCCAGUGUAUGUGGUCCCUCUGUGGAAUUUGAUGGCAAGAUGGUAUACCAUUCAGUCUGCCAAGACCACUACAACUGCCCUGGUCGAUUACAGUUGAGGCACUUGGUCCCCAUUUGCAAAAACAUCCUGUUCGAGCACACAAUACUAGGUUGCGAUACCACGUCUGCUCUAUACGGCCUCAGAAAAGGUUCAUCCCUGAAAAUGUUAACCUCUGAUGCGACAUUCCGUCAACAGGCAGAUAUAUUCCAUCAAGCAGAUGCUGCUAAGAACGAUAUUGCUGCAGCAGGGGAGACGGACCUCUUGUGUCUGUACAAGGGUCUCAAAGAUGAAACGCUGGACUCUCUCCGUUAUGCAAGAUUUUGUCAAAAGAUUUCGACCGGGAACACACAGGUUCAACCAGAGAGCCUGCCCCCAACAUCUGCUGCAGCCAUCUACCACAGCCUUCGUGUGUAUCACCAAGUACAGCAGUGGAGAGGUAUUGCACUUCCACCAGAAGACUGGGGGUGGAAGGAAGUGGACGGAAAGCUCCAACCGCAAAGAACCGAUCAAUCUGCAGCGCAUCCUUCUUUGCUGGAACUGAUUAGAUGCAACUGUAAGACAGGAUGCUCUAGUCGGAAAUGCUCUUGCAAAAGGCACGACUUAGAUUGUACUGCUGCUUGUGGUACUUGCCGUGGACAAAGCUGUGACAAUUCCGCCCCACCUGACCUAAGCGAAAGUGAUUGAUUCGUGUAUCAUCUCGCUCAGCAUUAUGCUCCUGCCUCAAUGGCAUUGUCGAAGCCGUCUACCACAGCCUUCGUGUGUAUCAACAAGUACAGCAGUGGAGAGGUCUUGCACUUCCACCAGAAGACUGCGGGUUGAAGGAAAUGGACGGAAAGCUCCCAUCGCAAAGAACUCUAGUCGAAAAUGGUAUUAUGCAAAACGUGGACAAAGCUGUGACUAUUCCGCCCCGCCUGACCUAAGCAUAAGUGAUUGAUUCAUAUAUAUCUCGCUCAGCAUUAUGCUCCUGCCUCAAUGGCAUUGUCAGAGCCGUAAAGAUUAUAUGAAAACACCGAGACAAACGAUCUUUUCAAACGCUCCGUUUCAGAUAAUUAAAGAAAUUUGUAUGCGGAUUUGAUAACUUUUUUUUAGGUUAAUAGUCAAUUGAGCCACAAACAUUUCCCAUAUAGUACCAAAUACAAUGGAAAUUAAUAAAAUUCUACUUUGGGUUUCAUUCAAAUACUUUUCUGGCGUCAAAUGUCCUUGUUACCUCUUAAAUCCAUUACUUCCUUGUUUUUACACCCUGUGGUUAGCUAUAAUUUAGUCUCGAGUAGAAAACAUUCCGAGAAGGCCAAAACACACUUAGAAAUUAAUCAAAUCGUAUUUUUGUUUUGAUGAAAAUGAUUUUCUAUCAUCCCCUUUUGAUAUUUAUUGUUUAAAACACUAAUGCUUAUGUAUUACGAUAUGGGUACCCUGUGGAAAAAACUGUCAACUUUGAACUUAAUUUUAAGCAUGUUCGCCUGGAGGAAUUUUUUGGAAUUUACAGUAUGUUAGUUAGGUCACUAACAUCUAUCGAUCUGCAGUGAGAAAAAUUCUUUGGCAAUUAGUUUGACUUGAAACCAUAGAUUGACUGGACUAGUAGGUAAAAACGCAAAUACGGUAGGAAAAAGCUAUUUUAUUUCGUUAACACCUUCAGCUGUCAAUUUAAUCAACAACCCUUUUCCAAACUGAUCUUUAGUAACUUUUCUUUCUAUAUCUGUAGUUAGUUUUGAUCAAUUCCAUGGCAGGUCUAUUUAAUAACAAGCCCAAAAUACCCCAACAUAGCCGGUGCUAAUACCUGCAGGAACUGUAACUAAUGACCUGGUGAACAGCCCUUUCCCUGCACUCUAGUUCUCUGAGAGAGGCCAAUAAAAAUAAAUUUGAAUUAAGUAACCCUAAAGUGCUGUUCACCUGCACAUAUCGCAAGGGAAGUCAAGUCGCCAAUACCGUAGUUGCUCUGAAAAAGUUAACCCCAAGCAAGGAAAAUCCCUUAUUCGAAGGCGGGACUGUGUUUAUUACCUGGCCAAACCAUCGCAAAAUGUUUAUCAUGUAGAUGUUGCAAUGCGAAAAAUCAUAGAAAAGCAAGAAGCUGCACCCCCGCCCCUCCCACCCACCCACCCAACUUGGUAACAAGUUGGUAACAACAGUAAAAAGAUCAGAAACCACAAGAGAAAAACAACAAAUCCAAUGAACAACAGACAAAUAUCGAACAUCUACUGCAUUCAUUGAAUUAUCAAUUGAGAAAUUUCGUGACAUAGUGAAAAAAGGGUCCACUGUACAUACCUUUAUACGUAUGUAAUUCUUGUGACCACAUAAUGUUAUUAAGGGGGAGAUACACCUCAAUUUCUAAGAAAUUUAGACAAACUCAUGAAAAAAAUAAAAAAAAUAGUUUUUCAUAUCUUUAAUGCUUAACAAUCAUAAGGCAUAUUUUUUUAUUUCAAAGCGAAUGCUCUAUCUGCCUUUUUAAAGCCUUUUGUAAGUGUAGACAAAUAUCUGAGGUAUGUUUGAUUCCUGUUUCCAUAGCAAUAAAAUAAAAAAUCAUAGAUCAUAGAUCAAACGACAAACAAAUAUAAGCGCUUUUCAUCUCGGAUUUAGAUCUAAUCUAAACAUCAUUCAAAGAUGCCCAAAGGGAAAAGAGAAGGCUCGAGGUAUCGGGUAACGAGGAAAACUAACAAAAAGAAGGUUUUUAAAGCUUCGGUGAAACAGCGGAGCGAUUCUUCAACAAGCGGCCGUCAAAGAACUGAGCAACCACGUGCGACAUCUUCGAGUUUAUCCGAGGAAACUGGUGAAAUUUUCACCGAUCAUAACAUCCUUUCAGCUUCUGCAAAGAAGCUUGGUCUUUCCGACGAACAUGAACCACAACACUCAACAAGAAUCCAAGAUUUAGGCAUUGAAACACCAUGUGACUCACCAGCGCGUCCCAAGCAAGCCUUACUUUGAUGACUAAGAUCUUGGCUAUUGAAUUGUGUAUCUGUCUAAUUUCAGAAGGACAAUGGAACUGAUGCACAAAUGUAGAAAUGAUAGAAUCAAUCUUGUUGAAGACAAAGCCGGACUUAACAGUUCGCUGUAUUUUGAAUGCUCUGUGUGUAAACACAGGUGUACAUGGACACCAGCAAGAAAGUUGAUGACAAAGCUUAGAUGUGAACAGCAGAUCUGUCUAUGCAAUGGGAGAAGUUGGUCUUGGACGUGAGUCCCUCCAAACAAUAUGCGAAACAUUGAACCUGCCAGGCCCUGUGAAUAGUCCGCUUUUCAAAAGCACAAUGCCUCUAUAUAUUCUGCGACAAACAAGACCUUAGAAGACAAGCUAAGUGCCGCUGCACAAAGAACACCUUGGAAAACACCUUGAAGAGACCGAUGGGAGCAAAGUGCUUGACAUUGCCGUAUCUUUUGACAGUACCUGGACCAAGCGGGGCUUUAAAGCAAAUUAUGGAGUGGGCAUUGUCAUUUCAGCUGAUACGGGAGAAGUGAUUGACUACACCAACAUGCGUAAGACAUGAAAGAUGUGUUAAGCAAGCAAAAGGCUCUAAGUGAAAGAUCCUGUAAAGCAUGAACAGUGGGUGGAGGACACAAGGCAAGUGGCACAAGGCAAGUGGACAUCAAUGAAAAAGGCGGCUGCUCAUAUUAUAUGGGGUCGAUCCAUUGAGAGGUAUGGCCUUUGGAAUGUGGACAUGGUAUGCGAUUGGGAUAGUAAGUCAUAUGCCGAGAUGUGGGAUAUAUAUGGUGUUUGCGACACAUGUAGCACAUAUGAAACAAUUUAAAGAAGUGCAGUGCUUAUCAAAAACGGCUGAAAACCACUGACCAUAAACAGUGGGUAGAGAGCAUGAUGAUGGAACAGCCCAAUGUAAAAGGGUGAAUAAGCUUGACCGUGUCGAGCAUGUACUAAAGCGUAUGGGUAAAAGUCUUCUUGGACUACAAAAAGGAAAGCUAGGGAAGCCUGUUGGUAGUAGGGCUGGUCGUCUUACACUGCCAGCUAAUGACAGGCUUCAAAAGUAUUAUGGAAAUGCUAUAAGGAGUUGUGUGCACAAGAAAGCAAAGAAAAAGGCUGAAAUUGGUGCGGCCGUCCAGAGGAUGCAAACUGCUGUCAAAGCUGUCCUCCAUCAAAGCAUAAAGACAGGAGAAGACAAAAACAGACACCAGUACUGCCCAAAAGGUGGGAAAUGCUGGUGUGCUUACCAAAGAGGAAAGUGUGACAGUAAAUCUGUCUUCCGGGAUAAGCCACACCACCUAGAUCCAAUUUUCCUUGAAUACUUACAGUUUGUUUUCACUAGAUUGAGUGACCCAAAGCUGCUGAAACACUGUUUGCCUGGGUUCUCUCAAAAUGCUAAUGAAUCAGUUAAUGCAUUAAUUUCGAGACGGUGUCCAAAACACAGAAACAGAGGUUUCCAUACUACAUUUUAAUGAGGGAGCCUCAGGCAAAGCUACUAGAAGAUACAUAAGACAGGCAAAGCUAUCAGAAGAUACAUAAGACAGGCAAAGCUACCAGAAGAUACAUAAGACAGGCAAAGCUACCAGAAGAUACAUAACACAGGCAAAGCUACCAGAAGAGGAUAAUUUAAAAUAAACAUGAGGGUGUAACUUGUUAAAAGGGUGCUUAUUUAUUGUUAGAAGUUUUAGAAAAGAAGGGUACAGUCAGGCCAAAGUAGAUUUACUUUUUUAAUCUCAUUGUCAUUCCUAAGGGUAACUUAUUUUUUUAGCGAUAUAUGGUGCCAGUAAAGCAGACUUGAAUGUUAUAAACAAUUUUUAAAACAACAAUUAGCCUUAGAAACAAAUCAUGUGUAAAAAAUAAAAUACAGAGCCUUAUAAAAAAUAUUCUUUUUAAAAAAUAUAGAUAUACAGUAACUUAGGAUUUUAACUUUCUAACAUAAUCUUCUUUUUACUAUAAUUAUUGUAACACUUGAUAUGAAUUUUUAUCUCUGGAAUAAAGACAAGACAUUACUAUAUCAUCAUUAUUAGUAGUAGUAUUAAUUCCAUCCAGUUUUUUAAACAAAUCCAGGCAAGGAAAUGCAGCUAACUGGCCCCAAUGUUUCCCUUCAUGAAACAGAUUAAGUCAAAUCGAGAAAAGGCCAGUUUGAUUUACCUAAGGGUAUGCUAGACCAUGACAAACUGGAUAUCUCAAGAGUUUGUGUAUACCUUCGCCACUCUGAUGCAAUAACGGCAUCAUCAGCACUCGCUAUUAGAAAUCAUUAAAAAUCAAAGACAAAGAUUUAAACUUUUAAUGGAAGUUAAAAAGUAUUGAACCCAUGUUGGUGUGAUAGCAAUUCAAGAUAGUGUUGGAAACAUGAUAGCUAAUGCUGAUGUCAUAAUAUGCAAAUCAGAUAAAGGACUCUGCAUCAUGAUUGGAUAAUUAAGUGCUAUGCAUAUCAUGUGAUUUUUAGAUAGAAGCUCCUUGUGGGCUUAUGUAAAUACUCUUCUUGAUUGUAGCCUUUGAGCGAGUUAGUAAAGUAAUAGUUAUCGGUGAAACUACAAGGUUUCUGUCUGUAUAUCCAGAAUAUUUAACCAAUCCAGAAUAUAUAACCAAGAUAGAUCAUGGUUGGGAAAAGAUUUGAAAAAACUCUAUAAUACUUUACUUUAAAAAAAACAUAGACUCAUAACUCAUAACUCACAUUUUCAAUGGUUCUGCAUGCAUGUCUAGAUGUUGAAGUUAGAUUAUCAGGCUUCGUAAAGUGUGGAUAGCACAAGCCAUCUGUGUCACAUCUGAGCCACAGAAUGGCAAAAAUCCAAAGACGAGAGUCCCCAUUAAGAAAUACCACCAUAAAAAGACAUCACAAAUAAUUUCUAACUAAGUAAAUAUUGAUUUGUUUAAUUGAAAAAAACAUCAUUUUGCUGCAAAUAAGUAAGGUACUCUUUUCUCUUAUUGCCCACCAAACAAUAAUGUAAAAUGCUUUAUAAACUAAAAGAACAAGGCGAAAAGUGACAUAUCGAUCCAAAAAAACAAGGUCUGUGAAACAGGUUUUCUAAAGGUUUUUUAAGAUUGUUUAUUUUUUCGCUAAGCUUGGAGAAUUUAUUCUUACUUAACGAUAUGAUUGCACAAGCUAGUCAAUUAUAGCAUCCAUAUAUGGUUCGUUGUGCCAUAAUUGGUUAUGGGCACCUUGCAAGCUAAUACAUUUUCACAACAAACUUUUUUUCCCUGUACUUCUUUACUUUGUUCACUACCUGUUUUUUAUCCUCCUCAUAGCUCAUAAUCACAAUGCUAUGUAUUUUAAUGCAAAAGUAAAAGUAAAAUACCUGUCUUAAUAACUACAAUAUAUGUAUGAAUAUAAUAGUAUUAAGUUCUCGUUCCUUUUUUAUUAAAAGGGAAUUGGAAGAGAAUUGUGUGUUGUAAACACAGAUUUAUUGUUGAAGGUUGUUGUGUAAAUUUCUCAAGAAAUGCAAAUAUAAAAAAUAUAACCUCAAGUUCCCCAAUGCUAUUCGAGAUUUUAAUUUGCACAUAACAGGAAUCUGCAUUUCUUUCUAAUUAAGAUAAUGUUUAUUAAGGGCUCAGACCUAUCAAGAAAUCACUGCACUUCUGGUCAUACUUAAGUAAGGUAAUGGUACCUGUAAUGUAUGUUACCACCACCAAUGUAUCGCAAUGCAUCUUGGGAAUAAAGCAGUUUUGAAUUCCAAUAUGGCGACUCGCACACAACAUUACAGUACCUAUUAUAGGACACUUUAGAUUUACGCUAAAAUAUCUCGCGUACAAAACACAAUUGAGUCUUAGGUUUUACAGCUAGAAAUCACUGACUAUUAAACUUAAUAAUUGAACCCAUUUAACAAAAAUUCUAUAUUUAAUUUGGGGAGAAAACAAUCGUUCGUAAGACGUGUUGUGAAGCCCUAUUAUCGGACACCCUAGCCCUACUAUUGGGCAGCAGAUUUCUUCUAAAAAACAACAACGGGAAAACCAUUCUUCAUUUUCAUGAAAAUACUGUAGACAAUAAUUGUUGAUAUAUGUACUUUGCAAAACUCAAGAUAGUUUUGUUUGAGACUCUUUCUUCUCCGUAGCAAGUGACUCAAAACACAUGCAUCACGCGCAUGACAAACUGCACAGCUAAAUGUGCGUUUGCUCAUCUAACGCUCAAAUUUACGUUGAAUCAUUCGAUGAUUGCUCGACUGUCCGAUAAUAGGGCACCGAGGUUAGGUACGAACAAUUCGAGCUAUCCUGAAGUGUCUAUGGAAACAGAGGCCAAAUAGCAUCCUGGGAGAUCAACAACAGAAUGGCGGAUUCACCGAGUGACUUUCAUCACAAUCGGUAAAUCUUGGACUUUUUUACGGCUUUUUUUCUUCCUCUCGUAUUCAAGUCAAAGAGAGGAUUUCAAUCGCCAUUUUGCGGUGCGUGAGAGAAAAUCAUUUCUAGUUUUGCGAAACAAUAAACACUCGUUAAAAGCUUCCGAAUACAUGUUUUCGGAAAGUUGUUUUUUUCGACUCGAUGGGUCAUUUUUCGGCGUGUUUUCCUAUUGUUUGAGAUAUUUACAAUUUUUUUCGAGUGUCCGAUGAUAGGUACCACUACCUUAUAUAAACAUAAUCUGUAAAUAUGCUAUGAAAACAUUUACUGGAUUUCAAUGUCUUUCAUGUCCUAGAAACGGUUAAUUGGAUCCAAUGUACUCUAUGGAAGAUCAUUUUCACAGUAUUCGUAAAAAUGGAAGGUAUUUUCCGUCAAAAAGAUUUCCAUAUCAGCCUUUGCCGGUUCACAUCGCUAAAAGAUGAGGUCGCACGUAAUACUCGUGUUGAAAAUGCGAGGAAAAAAUGCCGUAAAAAUCUCCAAUUACCAUUUACCAAUCGAUAUGAAAAUUAUUCAGCAAAUCCGCCAUUCUGUUGUCCCAGGGUAUUUUCUGGCCUUUGAUUUAAGCUAAAAUAAGCAAGUUUUCUAGUAUUCCGUAAACCAAAAGUGGCCGAUAAAAGGUCAUUCAUUUUCUUUUAGCAUGUGCAUCAAUUCCUCGGCGUCAAUUCAUAGAAAAUGACAAACACACUAACAAUUCACUCAUAUAUCCUAUUUUCCUAGCUGAUAAAUGUGGCAGAGCUGGGUCUUUAAAGAUAAAAUCUAACGGGAAAUCGAACUGAACGUCUUACCUCUGCUCGGUGCGAAGAGAGACGAAAUAUGAGAAAGGCGCGAAAAUCGGCCGGUGAGUUAUGGGUAGGGCACAGGAAGCCCAACUGUGUUAGACUUAGCUUGUGACCGCUUUUAACACAUUGACCCCUCAACCGGCCUGUGCCGGCUUUGAGAAGUACCCAUAACCCCUAAAUGCAAAAUAAAAACAACAAGAUAAAUAUACUCAAGCAUCAGUCUAAGGGAUAAAUGGUAUUGAAGAUAUGCAUCCAACCAAGGUGAUAGCAACUACUCUUUAGCCAAAAAAUGGCUCAGGUUCUUUGACAAACUUAAAAUCGAAGGGAAAAAGCAGGAUCACUCCUUUCAAUAAAACGCUCAAAAUACCACACAAGGUAGAGAGUUCAGCAAACACAGCCCAAGACACAAAAAGAUACCUAUAUUCUGAUCCUCCAGGUUCAUUUAUAUGGCCUCAAAACACAAUGUCCACUCCUUGAAGGUUUGUGAAACCACUUGGGUAUGUCAUUUAAGAAGGAUUCUGGGAGAUCCAGGGAAAAGAGGAUUUUCUUCCCCAAAGUCAGAUGUUUUUUAGUCUUUUCACCCCAAAGCCAAAAUAAAUCAAUUCCAGAUCAUACAGGCCCAGAAUAGCAGAGUAAACAAUUUUGGGAUCAAUUUGACAGCAUUUAAGAGAACUGUGGUGAUUCAUAAGAAAAUUAUUUUCAUAUCCAGGCAAAGCCAAACAAGAAAAAAACCACCUUGACUUGCAAAUACCCAUAAGCACUGCACUCAAUUAUGUUUUCAGUUCGUUUUUUUUUUGUAAAUUCCGCUCAAAACUAGCCAGGAGUUUUGUUGACUGUAAUUACUUUGUCUCUUAAUUAGAGCAAUCAAGCAGUAACUAUACAUAACAACUCGUUUUAUUUCAAUCAACAUUAGUAACAAUCGUAUUGGCCUAAGACGAGGCCUGUUUACAAAGUUAUUCAGGAACCAAAUAUAAAGGUUCCGAAAAAGCUGACAAAAGGGUGAUGGGUGGAUUCAGUCUCCAUCACGGGUUGGCAAGUACCUAAAGAGACCAGCGAACUGUGGGAGAGUCGUAAGUCAAAGGGAAGUGGGGAACAGAGGUUUUUGGACUCUAGAUUCCUUGUGAAUUCAUAUUUGAAGGUGAUAGGUUUUCUUCUAGCUGGCUAGAUGUUACCCUCCUGCACAAAUAAAUCAGCCAAUUGGGUAGCCGUGUCGGGUUAAUACUGGUGACCGCUCGAUAGAGGUCACAUUUCAUAAAUGACCAUUUAAAUAAAGGGUGACAACUUUCGUGGACAAAAUAACAUUUUACCCAUAAUUGCAUCACUAAAAGUAAAACUACCCUGACGCUGAAACAUUGUAUGACAGCUAAACUUGUUAUGUGUGUGUUAUGUGGGGGAAAGGGGGUUUAACAAAUUGGGCACAUGAUCUGUGAAAUCACUGAAAUCGUCAGAAACAGAAAAUAAAGCAAAGAUUAGGUCGUUUGGAGCUCCGCUUUUCUAUAUAUAAAUCACUAUUAGAAUGACAUGUACCAGAGACUGAAGCUUGACAAGGCCAAAACAGUAGGAGGGGGUGGUCACUGAUGGCAUGUCAGAAAACAACAGAAAAUUUGUGUCAAUCAAACAUGUUUUUAUGGUCAUUGGCGCAAAUAACAAUAUAAAUGCAAUUGUCAUUACUUGAUUAAUUUGCCUGUAUUAUGUCUUUCACCAUUUCUAGUGCCAUCUCUCCAGCAUCUGAGGGUACCAUGUGACCUGCCUUCAUGAUAUAAUACAAGGAGAGGUUCCCAUACUUCUUGCGGAAAGCACCAGUUUGCUUGGUCUUUAAACCAGAGGGGGGGUACAGAGGUUGGCGAGGGGUAUUCAGAAAAUCAUCCAGCCCAUUCCACUUGAGCUUUUUCAUCCAAUUUUCUGCUCCAUUUGUGUCACAAAUCAUAUCAAGCUGACCUUGGUAAAUGACUACAUUGAUCUUGUUGAGUAGAUAACUGACAUCAGAAAUGACAGGUCUCAUAAAGUCCUCACUUUGAUAUGUGAAUAACUCCCCUGAUUGGCUCCCCCAUAUCACAUCAUUAGGGAUUAUCCCAAGUUUCUUCUUGAUUGGUCCAUUCAUAAGCUGUGUUAAAGGGUCAGUGUUCAGUCGUCCCACAUGGUUUGCAUAGAGUUGGUCAAGGGUAUUACGCCCGAGAGAAGGGAAUUUUGGGAAGUCAGGAGCAUUAUGGAUGAGAAUGUUAUACACAUCAACAUUAUCAGUGGUCUGGGCUAUCACAUUUUCUGUCUCUGACCAGAGAUCUGUUGCUUUCUUCCACUCUUGAUUAGCAACAGCAUUAGCAGUGGCCUGUGCAUACUGGUUCACUCUGUCCAAGUCAAGCUGAUCAAGCAGACUGGCUGAGUAUAGAUAUGGCCCCCAAGAGAGCACAGAAUCGACAGGAGAAAUCCAGGAGUCCCCAAGGGCAACACCCUUAAAGUUACACCUGAUCUCACCCUGUUGUAUAGCAUUAUAUAAUGUCACGCCAAAAGCUGAUGUCAUCUUGCCGCCAUAUGACUCACAAAAUAUGUAGAGGGGAAUCGUCUGGAAUGCUGGCAUCUCAUUCACAAAGGCUUUGAACAUUGUCAGCAGAUCUUGGGCAAUUCCUAUAAAUAACACAUUUUAAAAAAUGCAAAAUAAACAUAACAAGAUCAAGAUACUCA